CCUUCAUCCAACCGAGGUGACACAUGUCUACUUGUCAGGAAAUCCAGGAUGUGGAAAAAGUGAAACAGCAAGACAAGUUGGAGAGAAAUUUUUUGAUGAAACUGAGAGUGCUUCGUCGAAGACAUUCGUUGCUACACUUAAUGCAUCAAGCUUGGAGUCAUUACUAAAAUCGUACAUCGAUUUUGCUCGUCAACUUCGAGUAGAUGAAGAAUACAUUCAAAAUAUUCUAUCAUCGAAGACACAUUCACAACCAGAGGAUAAAAUUUGGCAGUUGAAAGGACUCGUCAAUCAAAAAUUGACAUUUUUCUCCUCGUGGUUAAUAAUAAUUGAUAACGUGGUCAGUCUUAAGAAGGUGUCAAAGUUUUUCCCUCAUUUUGGGGAAAAGACAACUGCAAAGGCACAAGUCUUGGUGACUACACAAGACGGGCCAUCAAUUCCUCUUCCAAGUCCUAACUUCUACCACAAAUCUCUAAGUGAAGGAAUGAAGCCUGAAGAUGCUGUUAAUGCUCUGUGUACUAUCUCACAUCAAUUUCAAGAUAAAGACGUGGUAUUUGAAAUUGCGAAAGCCCUUGAUUAUCAACCACUUGCUCUUGCAUGUACUGCAGUCUACAUGAAAUCAGUCUGCAAUCAACCUUGGUCGAGCUGUCUUCAAAAGAUCUACGAAGGAAAACGUGAAAAAACUGAAAAACAAUACCUCGAAACGAACAGUCAGGUCUAUUCACAAACAAUGACAACAGCUGUGAAGAUGGCUUUAGACAGAGUGGUCACAGAAGAUGAGGUCAUGAUGUUUGCACUUCAGAUGUUAUCAGUAGUUGCACAGGAUCCAAUACCCAUAAAGUACGUUGUUCAAUAUGUUCUUCUCUGUAUGCCUGAUGAAGACGAGGAGUUCAUCGAAGCUCACAUUGCACGCUCUUCUCUCAUUCUCAAAUCUGAUGACGACCAAUAUGUCCGUGUCCAUCAGGUUGUACACGCUGUACUGCAAGACACGGUGAGACAUACAGUUGAAGGCGAUUGUCUUCGCGUUGCCAAGCUAAUCAAAUCAUUUUCACAGCUAGCUAUUAAUGAUAUCGAAGAACCAGAUUACGACUUUAUCAUGUCAAUCAAGUCUCUGACCUCUCACUUUGUAACCUUGAAAGAAGUCAUUUCUCCGAAUCUUCAGCCGUUCAUGGCACUGACUAAAAAGGAGGCACUUUGCGUUUCAAAAUGUCUCUCGUGUUGUAUUGGUAAAGUAUGUUACAUGAAUGGUCAACUAAAAGCAGCAAGAAGCUAUCUUGAAAUGUCUAUUGCCUUAAAAGAACACUUUUGCUCUGGAGAGCGACAUUUAAUAGAACGAAAUACGCUUGGAGAGAUUCUUUAUGAUCUUCAAGACUUCCGGAAAUCAAAAUUAUGUUUUGAACAAGCACUGCCAAGCCAUCAUUAUCAAAGUAUCAACAAAAAAAGUGGUCUUGACUGGCGAGUUUUGACUAAUCUUUGGUUGACUCUUUCCAAGAAAGAAGUAGGAGAAUAUCAGAAAGCCGAAAGCUGUUUAAAUGAAGCUCUUCCAUACAUUGCAAAGUUGAUCCAUCAUGCAGAUAUUCAAUAUGCAGGGAAGAUAUUGAACAAUAUUGCAAUGGUCCACUUUUAUCUUGAGAACUAUGCAGAAGCAAAGAAGUUCAUGGAAGAAGCGCUAACAAUGGACAAGGAGAAGUAUGGUGCUAAUCAUCCAUUUGUAUCUGAGAAAUACAAUGACCUUGCCUUAGUUUUAAAAGCUGUAGGAGAGCAUAAAACAGCUGUUGAAUAUUUGCAAACGGCAGUUCAGAUCGGAAAAAGUUGUUAUGAAGAAAAACAUCCCUACUUGUCAACAUACCUUGGCAAUCUUGGUAAUGUGUUCAGGGAACUCGGAGAGUACGAGGAAGCAAAGAAACACAUUGAAGAAGCAAUUGCUAUUGAUGAGUAUAUCUAUGAUGAAAACAAUCCUGCUUUAGCCAUAGAUUUGAAUAACCUGGCCUUGGUGUUCAGAGAUCUCAGACAGUACGAGGAAGCCAAGAAAUGCAUGGAAAGAGCACUUGGUAUUGACGAACGUAUAUAUGAUGACAACCAUCCAACAUUAGCCACACAUUUAAAUAGCCUCGGUUUGGUGCUUCAAGAUCUCAGACAGUACGAGGAAGCCAAGAAAUGCAUGGAAAGAGCACUUGCUAUUGACGAACGUAUAUACGAUGACAACCAUCCAACAUUAGCCAUACAUUUACAUAACCUCGGUUUGGUGCUUCAAGAUCUCAGACAGAACGAGGAAGCCAAGAAAUGCAUGAAAAGAGGAGUUGCUAUCGCCGAACGUAUAUAUGACGACAACCAUCCAGAUUUAGCCAAACAUUUAAAUAACCUCGCUAUGGUGCUGAAAGAUCUCAGACAGAACGAGGAAGCCAAGGAAUGCAUGGAAAGAGCAGUUGCUAUUGACGAAAGAAUAUACGAUGACAACCAUCCAACAUUAGCCAUACAUUUAAAUAACCUCGGUUUGGUGCUUCAAGAGCUCAGACAGAACGAGGAAGCCAAGAAAUGCAUGAAAAGAGCAGUUGCUAUCGAUGAACAUAUAUAUGACGACAACCAUCCAGAGUUAGCCAAACAUUUCAAUAACCUCGCUAUGGUGCUGAAAGAUCUCAGACAGUACGAGGAAGCCAAGAAAUGCAUGGAAAGAGCAGUUGCUAUUGCCGAACGUAUGUAUGAUGACAACCAUCCAAAUCGCACAUUAUUUGUACAAAACAUGUAUGAUUUGCGGAAACAAACAGAAGGCACAAAUCUCCAUCCAACAUUGCAAAACUUGCAAGAGCUAGAUGUACUAGUUUAUAUGCCUCUUGAUUAG